UGGUGGAGACCCCAUCAUUAAAUUUAUAUAGAUCUGAUAACUGUCAGUCACAUAGCCCUAUUAAUAUUCCUAUUGCUUAAAUCUCUCCAUCCUCCCUCGUGAACUUGUGCACCAUUUUUCUCUCUUGCUGUUGUAAGAAGGUUUCGAAGUAUCACUCGGUUCCCAAAUAGUAUAGAUAUGAUGGGAAAGCAAAGACCAACUUCAAGAAUAACGAGGUUUGUAGCAGUUGCCCUUUUCCUUAUGAUGAUUAUCAUCACUUGCUUGGCUGCUGACAGGAAGGUUUUAAUGGCCAAAAUGAUCAUGAAUAAGGCCGAAGAUAGAAAUCUGAGUGAAGAAAAUGAAAAAGGAGAUGUUGGGUAUGGUAUUGCUGUAAGGAGUGUGAACAACCAUCAUUAUAUCCCUAGGGAGGAUUUUAACAACUUUGGUGGUGGCGGUAGCAAUGGUGGUGUGAAUUAAUGGAAGUACUGGGUAAACAUCUGUAGUAGUAUUUAAAUAUUUGGUAGAUACAUUACAAGUUAUAUGCAGGAUAUAUACAUAUCUACAUAUAUACAUACAUACAUACAUACAUACGUAUAUAUAAGUUACAUGCUCAGGCUCUGAUGUUGUAGUGCUUUUCCUAAUAUUACUCUGUAUUAGGGUUGUUUGGUUAUAGUAUAAUCAU